UCUGUAUGAAUUCUCCUGUCACAGACUUUCAGUGGUGAAAUAUGGAGUUUAUGUUUCAUGUAUUUCCUAUAGUGGAUCAGAAGCUGCCAGAAACAGAAAAAAACAAUGUUCAGGGCAUGAUUUGAGCAUCAUUUCAGUGUUAAUAUUGUCCAUAAGGGAAAAGAGACAUGUGUUGAUUAUUGAUUUGUAGCUUGAUAAGGCAAAAAUGUUGUAUAAUGUGAGGACAUAGUGGAAUCUAUUGUCACAGUGCUUCACAAGUACAUAUUAACACAUACCAUGCCUAUGGACAAGAGAACAAAGCACAACAAAGACAAUCCAGGUAACACAAAGAAGUUCCUGUACAAGAGUCCACAGCGGGAUGACCAAGAUGACUGGAUCUUCUCACCCAGAAAAAAUGAGCAGUCUCCAAGGGCAGAUAGGGAACUGGACAUGGAGAAUGUGUGGAGUAUAAAAAAGAAUGUGUCCCUGGGUGGGGCAGGAACUGGCCGGGUCCCCAAUGGAAACACAGAUGGACUCAACCUCAAGGCUAACAAGACCUAUUAUUCAAGAUAUGGAGGGGUCAAAGGUAGGGACGAGUUUGGUUCAUCACAAGUAGGAGCCCUGGGAGCAGGACUUAAUCAAGCAGAUUCCUCUGUUAAUAACAGGUCCUGGAACUACUCGUCCAAAGGUUUCAGCUACUCUUCUUUUGGUGGAGGGAACCAGCCGUCAAAGACUGACACAACCAGUCCCAACAGACAGAGCCCCCAGUACUCAGCCUUCACAGCCAAGACCAAUAGUGACUCGUCACUAUGGUGACGAAUCCUUCUCCUCUAGUUUUAUUAAUGUAAUCCAGUAACACAUCCUCAUACUCAGUUGUGACAUAUAUCUAGUUAUCAGUGUCAUAUGCCUCUGUACGUUACUCUAAGAUAUUUCCUUCAAAAAACUUUCAGGAUUUUAGAUUUUCAUCCAAAAAGUUUUGAUAUGACUUUUUGAGUUCUUUUCGACUCUUUUACAAAAUUUAAGGCUUUUAAUGAAUUAUGUUCCGAGAUGUAAAUGGUAUGCAUUUCAACUUCAUUACUAUUAUACAUUAAGAAUGUACAUUUCAAUGUCUUCGACAGAACAAAAUUUGCGGUUAAAUGUAGCAAAUUGACUCUGAGGUUGUCAGCAAUUUAAUGGAUAUAGCAAAAUCUCCAUCAUUCAUUUUUUCUAGCUUAAAGGAUAAUUUACUGAUUAAAACAAAAUCAUUAGUAGUCCACAUUGAGGCUAGGUAGUAAAAUGCUUUGCAUAAUUUAUCAUACAUGUUAUAACUCACCGCAUUUUCAACUUAAGAAGGACUGAUAAGUGAUUUGGACAUAAGUGAUUGGUCACUGGUCAAUAAUUUGGACACAAGCGACUAAACUGGUCAGUGAUUUUGCUUUAUGGACAUGUAUUUUUGUAAGACCUGCUGAAUUACAGAUUUAUUUAUCACAUUUCUUUUUUUUUUAAUUAAUUAAAAAUCGGAAUAUAUAACAUUCUGUAAGAUAAAUGUUCCCUGUUCAGCUGAUAUAAGUUAUAUUAAUUGAUAAUAACAGUAGAA